AUGUCUCCGAGACAAAGAAGCACCGCUAAAGAUACCCCCCCUGGUGGGAAAGUUUUAAAAGCUCAGAUCGGAAAGACUUGGGGACGUGAUAGAGAUGUUUCGUAUACCACCGUAUUAUUAUCGACCCUCAUUCUUCUGGGUUGCCCUCUGAUGGUGGUUCUAUUUUUAAUUACUUGUACUCACUAUCAGUGUUCCCUUGAAAAGCCCUUGUACCUUCUGAGUGUUCACGGGUUUUUUUCAUUGGAAUCCUAUUAUUUGGUCAUAUUGCAAAAACUUCCAAGUUUCACAUGGGAUGGUCUUAAAAUGUAUGCUCUUUGGUUGGGCUUUCAAGCUGUGCUUUAUGCUGUCCUACCAGCCAAGAUUGGAUAUGGUCAGAGGACCCCAGCCGGACACGUUCUUCCUUACAAGGUAAAUGGUCUCCUGGCGUGGUUUGUCACUCAUACUCUCUUUCUUGUCGGCGCGUUUUACUUUAAUUGGUGGAAUGCUUCCGUUAUCCAUGACCACUGGGAUGCACUUUUUGUGGCCGCCAACAUUUACGGUUAUUUCCUGACCUUCUUUGUAUUCGCAAAGGCUUAUGUUUUUCCUUCGCAUCCGGAAGAUCGAAAGUUCUCGGGUAGCUUCAUCUAUAACUUGCUCAUGGGCAUUGAGAUGAAUCCUCGUUUCGGCAAAUAUUGGGAUUUUAAACUUUUUCACAACGGAAGACCGGGAAUUAUUGCGUGGACAUUGAUCAACUUUUCAUUCGCUGCUGCUCUGUACAAUCAAAUCGGUUAUGUGACAAAUUCGAUGAUCUUAUUGAACUUUUUGCACGCUGUUUAUGUCCUUGAUUUCUUUUAUAAUGAAGAUUGGUAUCUCCGAACCAUUGACAUUGCACACGAUCACUUUGGAUUCUAUUUGGCGUGGGGAGAUACUGUCUGGCUUCCAUGGAUGUAUACAAUUCAAUCCCAUUAUUUGCUUCGCAAUCCUAUCGAUCUUUCCAUCCCCUACUUUUUGUUUGUUCUAACGAUUGGCCUGUCAGGAUACUACAUCUUCCGGGCUGUCAACUAUCAGAAAGAUAUUGUUCGCCGGACAGAUGGGAAAUGCCUGAUUUGGGGAAAGCCAGCUCGUUUUAUAAAAACUCAUUUUAUCACGAGCGAUGGAAAGGACCAUUCAAGUAUUUUGUUGACCAGUGGCUAUUGGGGUAAACGAAUAUCGCGACAUUUUAAUUACGUCGGAGACUUGCUUAUUUCAUUGGCGAUGUGUCUUGCAUGCGGAUUUAACCACCUGCUGCCCUACUUCUAUAUCAUCUACAUGACCAUCCUUCUGGUGCAUCGUAUUUACCGCGAUGAUGCCAGAUGUCGUGGAAAAUAUGGAAAAUAUUGGAUAGAAUACUGCAAUGUUGUCAAGUGGAAAUUGAUACCUGUAAGAGAAUUUUUCAUCAUCAUGUGA